CUCCCUCCCACAUCUACCAGCGAGCUGUAAAAGGGCCCCCAAAUGACAACUCAGCAAUCUCAGCAUCUGAGUCCGCGAUCAUAACUUCCAGCAUUCGGUGACCGCAUUAAUUGGUUGGACUUCGAAAGAGUACGUGAUUCGGGAUAACCUCGCUUUCGCUCGGCUGCACACGGGGAAACGCACACAAUGACGGAGGUAGUGGUGGCCACUGACGAAGAGCAGUUACUCUUCCGGUUCACCAAUCUCAUCGCCCGUGCCGCCGACGACGCGAUCUAUCGCGACGAUCGGAUCUUUCGUUUCGGCGUGUCAGGCGGAUCAGUAGUACAGCUACUGGCGAAGUCCCUGCCUAAUAUUGCAACCGACUGGAGCAAAUGGCGCUUCUUUUUUUGUGAUGAACGAGUUGUGCCUUUGGAAGACUCUGAAUCAAAUUUUGGCCUCUACAAAAGUUGUUUAAUUGGAAAAGUGCCUGUUAGUGAGGACCAAUUUAUAAAGAUCAAUUCAGAACUCAAUGCCGAGAACGCGGCGAAGGAUUACAUUAAAAAAAUGGCCUUCUUCUUCCCGCCGGAUAGAUUACCGAGAUUCGAUUGCUUGCUGUUGGGCAUGGGUCAGGAUGGGCACACGUGCUCACUCUUUCCAGGUCAUCGGGCCCUUGACGAUGAGAACAUGUGGGUCACAUGGGAAUUGAACGCGCCGAAACCGCCACCCAGUAGAAUUAGUCUCACCAUGCCAGUCAUUAAUAACGCGCGCAUGUGUGUGUUCAUUGUCACCGGCGCUAGCAAGGCCGAGAUCGUCAAAAGGGUCUUGAGAGACAAGGAAGAUUUACCAGCCACCAGAGUGGAACCAGUUGAUGGUACUCUUUUUUGGCUGCUCGAUCAAGAAGCAAGUAGGCUACUGAACUCGGACUGAAAUGCGAGGUGGGAUAAUAUAAAAUUAUUAAUAUACAUGAAUUACAUCGACUUUACGACAUUCCAUAUUAUAUAUUAUGAUCUUGUACUCUCUACUUUUUCUCUAAAUUUUUCUUCAGCUCUAUAUUUUACUGUGUUUCUUUAUUAUAAUUUACCAUUAAAAUCGAUAGGACAUUUGAAUAAGCGUUAUAUGCUCGUACCAAAGGCGUGCAAAAAUGACUCGUGAGAAAAUUGAAAAUUUAAUUUUCAAUUGAUAUUGCUCAACAUUGUCGUUUACGUAAAAAAUGUGGAAACUUUGUUAUUGUCGUAAAUCAAGCUGCAUAUUGUAAAAAGACAAUAUUUAAUAAGAAAGUAAUAAAAAUUUUGCAUCUUUAAGAAAAUAUACAAUUUAAUAAUAAGAGAAAGUGAACAUUUU